AUGCAGAGAGCUCUCUCCUCCAGGACUUCUGUCCUUUCUGCCGCCUCUAAGCGCGCUCCUUUCUACAAGCCUGCUGGUUUCAACCUCCAGCAGCAACGAUUUGCUCACAAGGACCUCAAGUUCGGUGUUGAGGCUCGUGCCCAGCUCCUCAAGGGUGUGGACACUCUUGCCAAGGCUGUGACUUCGACCCUGGGCCCCAAGGGUCGUAAUGUCCUGAUUGAAUCCCCUUACGGCUCUCCCAAGAUCACCAAGGAUGGUGUGACUGUUGCCAAGGCCAUCCAACUGCAGGACAAGUUCGAAAACCUCGGUGCUCGCCUCCUCCAGGAUGUUGCUUCCAAGACCAACGAAGUCGCUGGUGACGGUACCACCACUGCUACCGUCCUUGCCCGUGCCAUCUUCUCGGAGACUGUGAAGAACGUUGCCGCUGGUUGCAACCCCAUGGACCUGCGUCGCGGUAUCCAGGCCGCUGUCGAGGCUGCCGUCGACUUCCUGCAGCAGAACAAGCGUGACAUUACCACCGGUGAGGAAAUCGCUCAGGUCGCCACCAUCUCCGCCAACGGCGACACCCACGUCGGCAAACUCAUCUCCAAUGCCAUGGAGCGCGUCGGUAAGGAGGGUGUCAUCACCGUGAAGGAGGGUAAGACCCUCGAGGAUGAGCUUGAGAUCACCGAGGGUAUGCGCUUCGACCGCGGAUAUACCUCUCCUUACUUCAUCACCGAUACCAAGGCCCAGAAGGUCGAGUUCGAGAAGCCUUUGAUCCUCCUCUCCGAGAAGAAGAUCUCGGCUGUCCAGGACAUCAUCCCUGCCCUUGAGGCCUCCACCACCCUGCGCCGUCCCCUGGUCAUCAUCGCCGAAGAUAUUGAGGGUGAGGCUCUCGCCGUCUGCAUCCUGAACAAGCUCCGUGGCCAGCUCCAGGUUGCCGCUGUCAAGGCCCCCGGCUUCGGUGACAACCGCAAGAGCAUCCUUGGCGAUUUGGCUGUUCUUACCAACGGUACCGUCUUCACCGAUGAGCUGGAAAUCAAGCUCGAGAAGCUUACUCCCGACAUGCUCGGCUCCACUGGCUCCAUCACUAUCACCAAGGAAGACACCAUCAUCCUGAACGGUGAGGGUAGCAAGGACUCCAUCUCCCAGCGCUGCGAGCAGAUCCGCGGCGUCAUGGCGGAUCCUACCACCUCCGAAUACGAGAAGGAGAAGCUCCAGGAGCGUUUGGCCAAGCUCUCUGGCGGUGUUGCCGUCAUAAAGGUCGGUGGCUCCUCCGAGGUCGAGGUCGGUGAGAAGAAGGACCGUGUCGUUGAUGCUCUGAACGCCACCCGUGCUGCCGUUGAGGAGGGUAUCCUCCCCGGUGGUGGUACAGCUCUCCUCAAGGCUGCCGCCAACGGCUUGGAGAAGGUGAAGCCUGCCAACUUCGACCAGCAGCUCGGUGUCAGCAUCAUCAAGAGUGCCAUCACUCGCCCUGCCCGCACCAUUGUCGAGAACGCCGGUCUGGAGGGUAGUGUCAUUGUUGGCAAGCUCUCCGACGAGUUCGCCAAGGACUUCAACCGCGGCUUUGACAGCUCCAAGGGUGAGUACGUCGACAUGAUCUCCGCCGGUAUCGUCGACCCCCUCAAGGUCGUCCGCACCGCCCUGGUUGAUGCCAGCGGUGUUGCCUCCCUACUCGGCACCACCGAGGUCGCAGUUGUCGAAGCACCUGAGGAGAAGGCUCCUGCUGGUCCUGCUGGCGGCAUGGGUGGCAUGGGUGGUAUGGGUGGCAUGGGCGGCGGUAUGUUCUAA